GAAGCAGCUUACAACCUGUGUUUCUUCGCAUCACAGAAGAGGCGAUAUAUUGUUCAUACCCUUUACUGUCAUUACUUACUGAGAACCUUGCAUUGCUGAAUUAAAGAUGACACUUCUAGUUCAAUCACAAACAAUUUGGCAUGAACCAUGCUACCACCCUAUGGCGUUAAGAGCAGCUGACCAACUUGGUUCGCAUGAGCGAAGGAUAGCUCUGGUAAGUUUGUUCAGUCAUUUAUGGAAGCUGAGAACUUUUUAACCCAGAGCACAAGCAAACUUCGAUUCUGUUGAUUUGAUUUGAGGUCUUUUCAUGUGUUCCCUAUCUAAGUAUUGUCUCUUGCUGACCUCUAGUUUAUCCUAUCCCAGAGUCGUUAUACCAACUUUGUUUAUUCUUCUUUAUUCUUUCCGUGUAUCCAUUGAUUACUGUGUUUCUAUAGUUGCUUGGUGAUGAAUGAAUUUGAAUUUCCAGUAUAUUAUGCAAAACUACAGUAGCACAUAACCUACUGGUAAAAUAGUGCUGCUGCUCCAUUAGACUUUAAAAGAUAGGGAUGUCUGGAAAUUCUUGGACAUCAGACACGUUGGGGGAUUUAUCAUUAAUGUGUGGUAAGAGAAAAUCAAUGCAUCAAAUCUCUGAAAUGUUCUAGUUUGGAGAGGAGCCCACUGAUAAUGCUGAUUGAUUCCAUUUUCUCAGAUAAUUAAGUAGCACGCCCAGCUUUGCCAACCACUACCAGAGGAGCAGAUCCAACAACAAGGCAGCGUUCAGUUGGGCACACUUCAUUAAUUGGUAACAAAAAAUGGAAGGCUCCACUGGUGUCCAAAUCGUUGACCCCGUGGGAGGGGUCGGAGAUCAAUCGCAGCAGCAGUACUGAAAGUGCAGACUACAUCAAGCUAUCCACACCACUUGUUAGAAUAAUUGGGCUGGCCCAAUUAUUUAAUUAAUUAAAUAAAUCCCAAGGCCUAUUAGUGGUGGUAGUUACAAAUAGAACAAAACCAACUUGGAAGAGGGUCUCUGACCAACUUAUAGGGUGGAGUUGUGCUACACCUGUUGAGAAGUUUAUAAGUUGGAGUUGUGCUACACCUGUUGAGAAGUUGAGAGAGGGAUAGCAGGAUGCCCCGCGCGCGCUCGCUCACCUUGCCGAGACGCGACGUGAUGUGUGGGCUCGGACAAUUUCUAGCCAUUAUUGGCUAGCAGUUACCACAAAAACUGACCAUUUGAUUGCUUUAUUAACCUGGGCAUCCAAGGGUCUUCUGGUGCCUACAAGAGAGGUGCUACCUCUCAUUCUUUCGUGCGCGAAACACAUACUGCCAUAAUGCCAGAGCUUUUCUCCACUGCUACGCUGUGCUUUUGCUAUCUCCGUUCCGUUGAUUUGUGCACGGAUUUUACCGGAAGAGUAGGUCUCCGAAGCUGCGCUCUUCACCAAAGACUCUGCACCCGAGGAGUAGAAGGGCGAUCAAGUUUUUAGGGAGCGCAUCUGCACGACUGCUCGCUGUGCACAACUACUUCCUGAAGGCGCAACUGCACUGCGGUCAUCUGCACGCAUCGACUUCUGAUCGACUACAUCGAACAAGCUCAACUAACAAUGUUGGGUAAUGGCGCAUCUGGUUCCUCCGGAACUGGCGCCGCCUCAUGUGGUCCACAGGUGGUUCCUCGACACUUGCCCCGUGCUGAACCUCUACCCUUCGGCAAGCUGGAAGAUAUCGUCCAGCGCGACAGGAACACUCGCCGGUGGUGCGUGAGUGUUUAUUCCAUUUCUCCGCGGAGGGCAUAAAGAAGCUGAAGGCGAAGGCAAACGCCUAGGUUGCUGGAACGCCAAGUUUUUUAAUGUUAAUCAGGUUGUUGUAAUCUUCAUUAGUGUGCGAGUUUGUACCUUUUUAUGUAAUAAGACCUAUGUACUAGACUGAUUUUCUCCUCUUGCUUAAAUGAUUCCCUCAGCCCCAGCUUUGCACACCACUACCAGUGGCAGGCGCCGGCAAGGAAGCCAUUCACAUCCAGUGCUUGAAAGCACCACCCAAUUAAAGAUGGAAGGCGCCACCGUCGAGGUCCAGAUCGUGUCCAGGCGUGUCAUCCGGCCACAGCAGGCGACCUCGCCGGACGGCACGCCGCCAGAGCCGGAGAUCAUGCACCUGACGCCAUGGGAUCUCCGCGUGAUCACGGUGGAUCACAUCCAGAAGGGAGUCCUGCUGCCCAAGCCCCAAACAGGAGGAGAAGCGGCGCACCUCGUCGACAGCCUUGCCUCGUCCUUCGCGCGCGCCCUCGACCGAUUCUACCCUCUGGCCGGCCGCCUCACCGUCGCUGAGGCCACUGAUGGCGGCGUGCCCCGUCCGGGCAUCGUCGUCUCCCUGUGCUGCAACGGUGAGGGCGCCGAGUUCGUCCACGCCGUGGCGCCGGAGGUCACUGUCCGCGAUAUCACGGCGCCGGUGUACAUCCCGCGGGUGGUGUGGUCGCUCUUCCCGUUGAACGGGGCGCUGGGCACGGACGUGUCCCUCCCUGUUCUAGCGGCGCAGGUCACCGAGCUCGCCGACGGCGUCUUCGUGGCCAUGUCGCUCAACCACGGCGUCGCUGACGGGACGACGUUCUGGCACUUCUUCAACACCUGGUCAGAGAUCAGCCGGAGCAGCAGUAGUCAUGCCGGCGGUGAGCUCUCCACGCCGCCGCCGGUGCUCGAGAGGUGGUUCCUCGAGACUAGCUCAGUGCCUAUCACUCUGCCCUUCGGCAAGCUGGAAGACAUCGUCCGGCGGCCGGAGUACCCCCCGGUGCAGGAGUGCUUCUUCAAUUUCUCAGCGGAGAGCGUGAGGAAGCUGAAGGCGAGGGCGAACGCCGAGAUGGCCGGCACGGCGACGGCCACCAGCACCAUCUCGUCGCUGCAGUCCCUGCUCGCGCACACAUGGCGAGCGGUGUGCCGUGCCCGGGAGCUCGCGCCGGAGCGGGAGACGACGUGCAUCCUCCUCGUCGGAUGCCGGGGACGUGUGAAAGGUAUACCGCGGGACUACGUCGGCAACACCGUGGUGUCUGCCGUCGUCAGAUGGACGGCCGGCGAGGUCGUGGAGAAAGGUCUCGGCUGGGCGGCGUGGCUCUUGAACCGCGCCGUGGCGUCGUUCGACGAGGCGACGUUGAGGGACGACCUGGCAUCGUGGCCGCAGGAUCCAUGGUUCGUGUACUUGAAGCCGCCGGGGGAGGCCGCCGCCAACAUCGUGACCGGGAGCUCGCCGCGGUUCGACGUGUACGGCAACGACUUCGGGUGGGGCCGGCCGGUGGCCGUCCGUAGCGGCGCCGGGGACAAGAGGGAUGGGAAGGUGACGGUGUACGAGGGGCGCGGCGGCGCGGGCAGCAUGGCGCUCGAGGUGUGCCUGGCGCCCGAGGCGCUCGCCAGGCUCGUCGCCGACGAGGAGUUCAUGGAGGCGGUGAGCGCCGCCACCACCGCGUGAAGACGGCGCCAUGCGCGGGAGUCAGGCUCCUCCGCUGCUUGUCGCCGCCGCCGACGAGGGAUUCCGGGCUUGGAGUGCGCGCCUCGUGAGUCGUGAGUGCUUCUUCAUUAUCUUUUCGGAAAUUGUAGGAAGCUGAAAGCGAAGGCGAAGGCCGAGAUAUCCGGUACCGGCGACGGCCGCCAUCUCGUCGUUGCAACCCUGCUCGCGCAUUUUCAGAGGAGUACGUUCGUGUGGUUUCAGAGGAACAGAGCCCAUUUUCGGGCAAAGAUUCCAACAAAAAGGAUGUUAGCCAAAUGCCCAAACCUUGUACGUGUCUUAGUUACUUUAUUUUGUGUUGUGUCUGUCACAUGCUUGAGCCCACGAGGUGUGAUGGCCUUGCAUGUCAGUUCAGGUUGUGGCGAGAAUAGCUCGGAGCAGACUGAGUAUUUGGGCUACGGGAUACGCUCUCGCGUCGUGGGUCGCAGGGAUGGACGCGGCAUUGUCGCGGCGAGAGAAGUGCUCGUGCGCUCGUUUUCUUUUCAGUUGUAAUCGGUCAAUAAAAGUGAGAAUACAACAACAGAAAAGCUGCAGCUUCAUCGCAGCACAAAA